AUUUUACCUACUAUUUUACAACACGUAAGCGUUCCGAUUUUUAUAUAAAAUGCCGUCUUAAAACAUAAUUAAUUAGCUUCCUUUUUUGGACUCUGCGUUGUAAGUUGAAGAUGUUUGUGCUAUUUUUAGUGUUAACUCUAACUGCAUCUUGUCGCGGUGAGGUCGAGCUAGAAGACGGGGUUGCUGUACUCACAGACGACACGUUCGAUGAAUAUAUUGGUAGCAGAGAUUAUGUUCUUGUGGAAUUUUAUGCGCCAUGGUGUGGUCACUGCAAAUCUCUAGCUCCCGAGUAUGCAAAAGCGGCACAAAUUUUAUCGGAGGCCGAAUCGCCGAUUACUUUGGCCAAAGUUGACGCAACACAGCAAAACGCGCUUGCUGAAAAAUACAAGGUCUCUGGAUAUCCAACGCUGAAGUUCUUCAAAAAUGGCAGCCCCAUCCCCUACACGGGUGGACGUGUAGCCGAAGGCAUUGUGAUUUGGUUGAACAAAAGGAUUGGUCCUUCAGCGCAGGACCUCAAGAGCCCCGAGGAUACAAAAGCUUUGAUUGACCAAAAUGAGGUAGUAACCGUGGGAUUCUUCAAAGAUCAGUCUUCUGCAAAUGCUGCGGUGUUUUUGGAGAUGGCUGAUAGCAACGACGAAAUGGUUUUCGGAAUAACAUCCGAUGAACAUGUAUUCAAACAGUACUCGGCGAAGAAUGGCGAUAUUUUUUUGUUUAAAAAGUACGACGAUAAACUAGUGCAAUUCAAAGGUGAAUUAAAUGCGGAAAACUUGAAACGCUUUUUAGAAGACGCGUCGCGGCCUCUUGUUUCAGAAGUUACCAUUGCUUCAGCUCGAAAGCUUUUUAGUUCCGAAAUAAAACAUUUCCUAUUAUUAAUUUUAAGUAAAUCAAAUGAAAAAUCUUCCAAGUAUGUGGAAGCGCUGAGGUCCAUUGCGAAAUCUUUCAAGCAGAAAAUGAUAUUUGUUACAAUCGAUUCGGAUGUUGAAGAAAAUGAAGCAUUUAUGCAAUUUUUGAAGGCGACCGCAGAUGACGUGCCUGUCAUGCGCAUUAUCCAUGAUUUUUCGAAUCUGAAGAGGUAUGUACCGAAAUCCAAAGAGGUUACAGCUAAAAGCAUCGAUAAAUUUGUCCAAGACUACUUUGAUGGUAAACUCGAACGUCAUCUUCUGAGCGAAGAUCUACCUGAAGAUUGGAACAAGGGACCUGUUUAUACACUCGUCGCGAGCAAUUUCGAUAGCGUCGCUUUUGAUACUACAAAGGAUGUUUUGGUCGAAUUUUAUGCACCGUGGUGUGGAUUCUGUAAAAAAAUAGCUCCUAUUUACGAAGAAGUUGGUGAAUACUUUAAGGACAAAGAUGACGUAAUUAUCGCAAAAAUGGAUGCUACGCUUAAUGAAUUAGAGCACACCAACGUUCGAGGAUUUCCCACCAUUAAAUUUUAUCCCAAAGGAAGCACUGAGGGAAUCACUUUUGAAGGCGACCGUUCCUUUAAGGGAAUUGUUAAAUUUGUGGAAAGCGGUGGCACAGACCAGAGCGAGGAGGAAGAGACUGAGGACACGCCACAGAAAGACGAAUUGUAGAAUGUAAUUUUCUAAUAACUUAUUACUGGUUCCUUUUUAUUUUUUACAACAUGUAAGAUUUUGAUAUAAAUUAUGUAAUUGAAA